AUGCCUUCAUUUCCCGAACCAGAACCCGGCGCGUCGCUCCUCCUCGCCUUCACUCCCGCCGCUCGUCCACCCUUCUCCUCUCGACCACAAUCGCUUCUCCUCCUCGGCCCAACCCGUCUUUCCGCUCUUCGCGCAUUCGCAGCGCUCGAAGCCGGAUAUCGCGUGAUCGUCGGGGGACCGGCGCCAGAAAAGGACGAAGUGGGACGAUGGGACGCCGAGCUGCAGUUCCGCCUCGAGCGGAAAGAGAUUGAACGAGUUGACUGGCCACUGGGGGAGGAGGCGGAUGCACAGGAGGACGCAUGGUGGGACUGGUUCGACGCGGCGGAGCGGAAGGGAGACCUGGAUGGCGUACGGAUGAUCGUCCUCUCCGACACGAUCGUCUCGCACUCGUCGUCCUCCGUACGACGACGGACGCUCGCCUCGGCGCGAGCAUUCCGCGCUGAGGCAGAGCGGAGACGCUUCUUUGUCAACGUCGCCGACUGCCCCGACUUGUCCGACUUUGGCUGGGCUGUCUCGCACCGAUUCGACCUCAUCCCUCCUUCCGCUCCUUCGAGCGAGCCGACUCCCCGCCGCAAAUCACCCCUUCAGCUCGCCCUCACAACGAACACCUCUGCAUGCCGACUCGCUACUCGACUGCGGCGCGAGAUCGUUGCGUCGCUGCCCAAGUCGGCGGGAGCGGCAGUCGAGGCGGUCGGCCGUCUGCGAGAGGAACUGAAGGCGCAGGUCAAAGCUGCUCAGGAGGAUGCGCAGGACGGAGAGGACGACUCGGAGGAGACGCAGGGCGUCGGGUUGAAUAGGCCGGUCGAGCAGCUCACGAGGGCGAAGAGCCAGGCGCUCGAUGAGCAGCAGCGGCUACCAAACGGCGAAUCGAGCUGGACCGGCGCGUCCGCCCAGCUAACCCGAAUGCGUUACGUCUCCCAGCUGUCCGAGUACUGGCCGCUCGACCGGCUUGCGACGGUCUCCCUCGCAUCGCUUUCGGCGCCCUCCACUCCUCUAGCACCUCUCUCACCCUCUCUCAAGCCCGCAUACCACGACCUGGAUCCUGCCUCCGAACCCACCGACCUCGCGCUCUCGCCCCCCUCGCCGCGCCAGAAAGGCCGCAUCUUCCUCCUCGGCACUGGCCCCGGCAAUCCUCUACUCCUCACCCGCGUCGCUCAUCUCCUCCUCACCACCUCCGACCCAUCUUCACCCUUCUACGUCGACCUCUUCCUCUCCGACAAACUCGUCCCGCCGCAGAUCCUCGCCCUCAUCCCGCCUAAACGACGCGAAGGAGUCGUCAUCGCCCGCAAAUACCCUGGCAACGCCGAAGCAGCGCAGGAGGAGCUGAUGGCGCUUGCGAUUGAGGCGGCAGAGAAGGGCAAGACGGUCUUGCGGUUGAAGCAGGGCGACCCGUUCUUGUACGGUCGAGGAGGAGAAGAGGUUUUGCGAUUCCGAGCGGUCGCGGGCAUCGAGUCAGUCGUCCUGCCCGGCUUGUCGUCGUCGCUGGCCGGUCCGACACUCGCCGGCAUUCCCGUCACGCAGCGAGGAGUCGCAGAGAGCGUCGUCGUCUGCACUGGCGUCGGACGAGGAGGACGAGACGUUGCACCUGCGCCUUACGAGCGGGGCAAGACGCUCUGCGUCCUGAUGGGCGUCGCCCGCCUCUCCUCCCUCGUCAAGGCGCUCAUGAGCCACCCGACUUCGCCUUACCCGCCUCACCUUCCGAUCGCUCUCGUCGAGCGCGCCUCUUCGCCUGAUCAGCGCGUCGUAGCCAGCACGAUCGACCGCCUCGCCUCUGUCCUCGAGACGCUUCCGCCGCAUCGUCCGCCCGGCAUGAUCGUCGUCGGCUGGGCCGUCCUCUGCCUCGAGGGCGAGGGCGACAUGGGCAUUCUUGAUGAUCCUCAGGACGAGGGGCGGGACGAGCGGGACAGGCGACGCGUGCAGAACUGGCUCGGCGACAUCGGCUACAAGGUGCGGGAAGGGUUGAGCGAGGGGUGGAUGAGCCUGGUUGGCGGGCUCGAGGCGGAGGGGGAGCAGGUUUCAGCGGAGUAG